AGGCGUGCACCGUGGGCCGUAGGGUGCUGACCAAGACGCACAAGAGGAUGGUGGUGGGGGAUAGCACGGAUCCAAUGUGGAGGAGCUACGUCGCGGUCCUGGGGAAACCUGCAAUGGACGAAAUGGCAUCCCACCUCAAGCUGGCGGGCGUGAAGACCCAGGUCCUUCAGGUGCACACCGCACUUGCCAUCCCUCCACACGACAGGAUGGAAUGGACAGCCAAGGGCCAAUUUGUCAAAGCGAGCCCGUCACAGCGGAACUUCUCUGACGUGGCCAUAAACCCGGCGGGGAAGGGGGCCAACUGGUACGGCCGCUGUCUGGUUCUGUUCCACUACGACAAAGACGGGGCAACGAAGCAGGCUGCCUACAUUGAGUACUACACAGAGGACAAGCAGGAUCCUGAUGUGCGCUUGCUGAACAGAUUUGUGUGGUGAAUUGCCAAGUGGAAUAGUUCUAGUUG